AUGGGAUUUCAGUGGACCUCAUGGGGCUUCAAAGUCCUGAACCCUGGGGAUUUAUGUAAUUGUCGAGAAGAUUGUCCUCGAGGUGAUGAUGAACGUCGCGUGUGUCCAUGGUUAAAUUCAACAAAUUGUAUAUCUGGAUGGUAUUUAUGUUCCGAUGGUCAACACAUACCACACGAUGCUGCACAUUGCGAUCUGCAAUCAAGUUGUCAGUUGCAGGAGGACGAUAGAUUUUGCGAUCUAAUUGAUAAAUCACGUAUAGUGCCUUUCGAUCUGGGCAAUAGAUUUGGUCAUUUAUUUGAUGAUUAUCCAUCAAGAGAAAUUCGUUCGAUUACGCAGAAAUUUGACCAGGAUGAGCAAAACAAUGAUUAUGUGGCAUGGUAUUGCAAUCCUGGUGUGUUAAUAUAUGGAAGCGAAGAGAAAAACGACACAUGUUUAUGUCCACCAUCGAACUAUGGUGAUCGCUGUCAAUAUCAACGUAAACGAUUGUCUGUGAUAUUACAGAUACAAAAACUAACAGCCUUUAAUAUUAAUCGCGUAUUCAAAUUGUUAACAUAUCUCUACGAUAAUGAAAAUGAUAAAAUUGUAUCACAUGAACAAAUUGUAUAUCUAUCCCUAACAUUAUGUCUACCAAAAUACACAUUUGAUUUAUUAUAUCCUAUUGGCGAAACACAUCGAAAUUAUUCAGUUUACGUACAUGUCUUCACUAUUGAGGAAGAUUACGCUGUAUAUAAUAAACUAUCAUGGUAUUUUGAUGUUAAAUAUCAAUUCUUGCCAGUUAAUCGUCUUGCCAGACGAUUGAUUCUUACGAUACAGCGACAUUACCGCGAACGACAUUACCGCGAGACAAUACCGCGAACGACGUUA